AUGGCCCUAUCCCCGCGUUCGCGUUUGAACUGCAUUGAGCAGGCAUGGACGUACAUUGACAAGAUGCUUGAUUCACAGGAUGGACUCAAGGUUCUGCUCUGCGAUGAUACAACGCGCAACAUUCUGUCGGUGGUGUACUCACAGCAUCAACUCCUCCACCACAAUGUCGUGCUCGUUGAUAUGCUGUCAAACAGGGAUCAUUACCCGAUGAAGCAUUUUCGGUGUGUCAUCUUUUGCAGGCCGUCACCUGCCUCGCUGGCCUGUGUCUACCAGGAACUGGCAGAAGGCAACUUUGCGUCCUAUUCUCUGUACUUCUCUCACUUGUUGGAGUCCAACCUUGUGCAAUCACUAGCGAAUGCCGACUUAUUGAAUCUCGUGAAUUCUGUUAAUGAAAUUUACUUAGAUUCUGUUUUGCUUACGGAGUACGUGGCCAUUACGCAGCUAAAGCCCGGAACCUUACGGUCCGCUGUUAGCCCUCUCGUAAACCCCAUCACGUACUCGCAGUGGGACAGUGCUGCGUUUGAUCGCAUGGCGGAAAGCAUAGUGAGCAUGAUACUCAUGACGAACCGCCGCCCUGCCAUUCGCUACAGGGGUCAGAAUAAGGUCACGGAGAAACUGGCAAAGCUUGUAUCUGAAAAGAUGAAGGGCGUGCACCAGUGCUUUCCUGACCUCAGGGCGAAGGAGUCGGUCCUGCUUAUAUUGGACAGGAUGGAUGACCCUGUCACGGCACUCGUCACUCCGUGGACGUACGAGGCAAUGAUACACGAGAUUAUUGGAUUUCAGAGUGGCAAUGAAGUUACAAUUGACGAUCCUGAUGCGAAACCCGAAGAGCGCGUUCAUGUUCUCACGGCACACAACGAUCCGUUCUUUGCACAGCACCGCUACAGCGACUAUGGUCAAGUCUGUAUUGCCGUGAGUGAAUUAGUGAAGACGUACAAGGCACUUAACAACUUUGACAGGAAUAAUGUCUCUCUAGACGAAAUCAAAAACUUCAUGAACCGAUUUCCAGAAGCGCGUAAGCAGUCUAUGCAGGUGACACGGCAUUGUGGCAUUGCAAGCCAGUUGGUGACGGAGGUGAAUGGGCGUAAUUUGACACGUUUGUCAGUUCUAGAACAGGAAAUGCUUGCCUCCAACAACGUGGCAGAACACUCUAAGCAGAUGAUGGAGAUCGUGCAAGACCCCAAGACAGACGUUGACGAUGCCCUGCGCAUGGUCAUGUUGUACGCGCUACGGUACGAAAAAACCAGCGGGAACAUCAUCUCUCAGUUGAAGGACGAGCUUGGGAAACGCAAUUGCCCAGCCCCACGCAUUUCCCUUAUCGACCGUGUGCUGGAGUAUGGAGGGGCAGACAAGCGACUGCAUGAGCUAUUCCGUGUGUCCACGGGGCACAUGCUAAAGGUGGUCGCCAAAGCAGUGGGGCAGUUCGGUAAGGAUGUGCAGAAUGUGCUGACACAGCACGUCCCCCUUAUGAAAAAACUUAUCAACCGCGUGUACAACGGAACUCUAUCGGAGCAGAACUACCCGGUGCAGGAGGUGGCGAGCUCCCCCAUACCUACUGCAGCAGUGCCUGCUAUUCGGGCAAAGGACAUUAUAAUUGUGAUGGUGGGUGGUGUGACGUAUUCUGAGUCGAUGCUUUUGCACCAAAUCAAUCAAGGCCAAGUGAGCAACAAUGUUGAGUCACUGAUGAAUUUGGGCAAGAACAUGACGAGACUUGUUGGUGGUGACGCCCCUGGUAACGCCGCUUCCGACGAGCCGUACACGGAAAAGAUCGAGGCACGUGUCACACUUCUUUCCACCACAAUUAUUGACUCGAAGGACUUUAUCCACUCCCUACCUUCCUAA